CACACACACACACACCGAACGCCCCAUCAGCCCGAGCUCGCGAGCGUCCCAUCGGCGGCGGCGGCGGCGGCGGCGGCGGCAAGGCGACGUGAUCUUCUGUAACUUUCUCCUUCCCCUGGGAUUUGUUUGGUUGCAAGGCACGUAGCUGUAAGUAGAAUGAGUCUCUCUACCAUAGCAAGACGACUAUGUUAUUCAAGACCAACAUCUGGGGCUCGGGUGUCAGUAGUUUGGGCUCAUAUGUACAGCACAGAGGCUUCAAAGGACAUGGGUGCUAAGAAAUAUAAAUACCCUGAAGUCUAUGAUCCAUAUGGGGCUAUGCUACCUCCAUCGCAGAAAGUUGUGGACCUUGCUGACCGCAUUGCUGCUCUCCCUCCUGAGGAGAUCAAACAGAUUGCUCCAGCUCUCCUUCUCAGACUGAACCAACCGCCACCACAAGCAAUUUCUGGCCAGGGCUUCAGUUUUGGUCCUCAGGGUGGUGGUGGUGCUGCUGGUGCUGCAAAGGCAGAAGAGAAGAAAGCAGACAAGAUAGUCUUUGACGUCAAGUUGGAGAAAUUCGAUGCUGCUGCAAAAAUCAAGAUUAUCAAGGAGAUCAGAACGUUUACAGAUCUGGGGUUGAAGGAGGCGAAGGAGCUAGUGGAGAAGGCCCCUGUCAUUCUGAAGCAGUCACUCACGAAGGAGGAAGCCGAGGCAAUCAUAGAGAAGAUAAAGGUAGCCGGCGGUGUCGCUGUGAUGGAGUGAAGGAUUAUCUCCUUGACACUACCACCCUUUUGUUUUCUUCAAUUUUUUUCUAGCCUGGUUAGGCGUUAGAGGUCGCAGCAUCUCUAUACUGGUGUAGGAAAUGGUUCAGCUGUGACAGGUAAACAUGGACCAUGAUUUGGUCUAGAAUAAGCUUUCUUUGACUGCUGCAACUUUCCUGAUGUAGUACUGUAACACCGGAACAGAGUGAAAGGAUUGUAAGGAUUGUAGACACAAUUGCCAUGAAUGUGAUUCUGACGCCUGUCAUUUGUUCUGUAUCUGUUAUUAUAACUUGCACAUUUUGGUUG